CUCUCGAGUCUCAUACGACCCUGAUGCCCCUGAUUUCGGUUGUGUGGUGCGAUUUCGACAGAGCUCCAGCACGAGUGGAGCACGGGCGCACGGCAGCGAUACGCAAGAAUCGGAUCGGGGUCAGACCGUGCUUGGACUUGGUGCGCCGCACUUCGCGGUGGGUUCGGUUCAUUUGCUGCCCAGAUUCAUCGCGUCUGACCUCCACGGCUCUUCUUCCUCAUCGCUUACGCUACGCCACCAGCAAUGUCAGGCGGCGGCGGGCGGCGAGGGUGGAGCCCCUUCGAUGCGAUCCGCAGCUUCCCGUCGACGCCGGAAUCGCUCAUGUCGCAGAUCGACGCGGCCAUCGCCUCCACGGAGUACGCUCACGCCUGCGCCCUCCUCGACCCCGCCUCCGCCUCCGCCUCCUCGCAGCCGCAGUCGCAGCCCACGCCCGGCGAGGGGGCCGCGGCCUCCCCUCCGGCCUGCUACGACGCGAGGGUCGCGGACGAGGCGUACCGUGCGGCGUGCGCGGCGCUGGGUGCGGGUCGGCCUGACGCCGCCGUGCGGUCGCUGCGGGUGGCGCUGGCGAGCUGCCCGCCGGAGAAGACCGCGGCCGUCGCCAAGGUGAGAUCCAUGCUGGCCAUCGCGUCCGCCCAGCUGCACAAGCAGCAGCACCAGGCGCAGCUGAGCAGGAAGUGAGGCGCUGCUUCUCCAUCGCUGCGGGAUGCAGUGCAGAUGUGAUUAGAUCUCGUCAAGACAGGAUUUGAUGCAUUGAUGUUCCAAGUUCAAUGCGUUCUGUUCUAAUUGCACCGGCAGCAAAUUAUAGGAAGGGAACUUGCUGUGUAUCCGACUGCGAUCUGCCGCCAUCUGCCGCCAAUCUAGAUAGUCUCUGAGCUAGUUAUUGCCCACAAUCCAUUUGAGCAAAUCUCAUCAUCUCUUUCUCUUGUGCAUAUUGUGUCAGAAUUACGUUGUUUGAGUACUGAGCUAACAUGAGGAAGCACAGCUGAACUAGCAAUCUAGCACACACUAUUGUGCUGCGCUCAUCACUCUGAGCUAGUUCGUCCAAUUUUUUUUUUGAAGUAACUAGUUCGUCCAAAAUUGCAUGUGCAA